AUGACUUACCUUAAUCUGUCAGGUAACUUUAUGAAUGGUGAGAUACCCUUCUCCAUGGGGAAGAUGAAGUAUUUGACUGAGCUGUAUUUGUCAAACAACAAAUUUUCUGGAGAAAUCCAUGAUAACUGGGGGAACUCACAAGCUCUCUUAAUUAUUGAUCUGUCAAUGAAUAACCUUUCAGGCAAUCUUCCUAGUUCAAUGUUUUUACCAACUUACAUUCUCUGGUUGAAAUUGAAUGGGAACAAUCUUUCCGGAGAACUCCCAUUCGGAACAACAAUAAACUCUACAUACUUGAGUCUGCUUGAUCUUGGAGACAAUAGAUUUUCCGGGAAAAUACCAAGAUGGAUUGGAGAAAGGCUAACCUCACUCACAGUGCUAAGGUUGCGAAACAAUAAGUUCAUAGGCAGCAUACCUCAGGAGUUGUGCAGUCUUCAGAUGCUACAUGUCUUGGACUUUGCAGACAAUGAUCUAUCAGGACAUCUUCCUAUCUGUUUGGGCAAUUUGAGUGGCUUCCAUGAUGUGAUGUUGUACCACAAAGUACCACCAGAUGUACCUUAUGCAUUUAUACCUCAAGUAGAAUUGGUUGUGAAAGGGAGAGAAAUGGCGUACACAAAAACACUUAAGCUUGUGAACAUUAUUGAUCUUUCAAGCAAUCAUUUGCAAGGAGACAUUCCAGAAGAGAAACCAGUUCACAGGGAAGAUACCGAAAAAGAUUGGCAGUUUAGGCCUGUUGGAAACUUUGACCUCUCAUGGAACUCUCUCUCUGGUAGUAUUCCUCCUGCCAUGUCUCACAUGACCUCAUUAAACUUUUUGAAUUUGUCUCAUAACAACUUAUCUGGACCAAUUCCAUCAACCAACCAGUUCCUUACAUUUCAAGAUCCCUCUAUUUAUGGUGGGGCAUUUAGCCGGGUAGAAAUGCUCCUAAGGCCUGCCUUUACUGCAGUUAUCAUAGCAGACCAGCAAUCCCUUGUUUUUGCGCUGACGCUGGAUACUGCCCUUAAAUGUACUGCCCCUUUAUGGAACAAAGUUUUAUCUUAA